AACCAGUCUAAGAAAUCACCACCCAAUCACCAUGAAGUGCAUCGCCAUCGUUUCCACCAUCUGCCUGCUGGCCGCUUAUGUUGCCGCCGAUAAGGAAGAGAAGAUGGUGGGCUCGUCCUAUGGAGGUGGCUACGGCGCACCGGCCGCUGCUCCCGCUCCGUCCUAUGCCGCUCCAGCUGCGCCAUCCUACGCCGCUCCUGCUGCCCAGGCCUACGCCGCUCCCGCAGCUCCAUCCUACGCUGCCGCUCCGGCCUCGAUCCCGGCCCCUCCUUGCCCCAAGAACUACCUGUUCAGCUGCCAGCCCAACCUGGCCCCAGUGCCAUGCAGUGCUCCGGCCCCCAGCUACGGAUCCGCCGGUGCCUACUCGCAGUACGCCCCCGUCUACGCUCAGCAGCCUCUUCAGUGGUAAUCAAUAGAUGCCACUCAACCCAUUGAAACAACGACGAAUUAUUUAAAAAAAAAAUACAACAAAUAUAUAUUUAUGAUAAAGCGUAA